AUGGCGUUUGGGCCUUGUGCUGCACUGGCGUUGUUUGCUCUUGUAGCUUGCUGCAUAGCUAGUUUCAUCCGCGCAUACCUCUCGCCAUUAUCUUCGAUUCCGACUGCGACCUUUUGGGCACCCCAUUCCCGCUUGCUAUGGGCCUUUCCAACCGAGUUUCGAGGGCUCAUUACAGUCAAUCUACCCAAGCUACAUGAAAAACUUGGCCCCUUGGUUCGCAUCGGCCCAAAUGAAGUCUCCUUUUAUUCGGUAGACAUGUACGAUGCCGUUCACAAGGUUGGAAGCAAGUUCAAAAAAGACCCGCGAGUCUAUGGCGAGUUUGUUCAGGGAGGCAAUCCAGCUCUAUUCUCCAUCACCGACCCAACGGAACAUUCAAAGCGAAGAAGACUCAUGGGUCAACUCUUUAAUCGAAGUCAAAUGCACAAGCUCGAAGGCCUCAUGAUGCAUCAUAUCAAUGCCUUUGUGCAGCUCCUAGCGACCACGAGUCACAAAACCAACCUAACACCUGCGUGCCGUGCCCUGGAAGCUGAUAUCAUUUCCGACUUUUCAUUUGGUCACCCUAUUGGGGCCAUCGAUGCGUACUCUCGAGGAGCCGAGCUUGCAAUGGUAGCCAAAAACGAUGAAAAGGCUACUUGGAUGCCCUUGUUGACAAGCUUUCCUACUUUUUGCGAAACGUGGGAGCGGCUUGAAGCACUCGUGUUCUCAAUAACAGGCUACCGGACAAUAUAUAGCGAGGCCAUGACUGCUUUUCAUGAGUGGGCAGAGAAAAGUUGGCGCAGUACUCUCUCCGGGGGCGCAAACAACAAGAAGCCACUCUCUCUACAUCCUAAUCUCGUCCAAACCAUGGUCGAUUCAGGGCUGCCCCCGCUGACCGCAUUGUCCGAGGCGACCGAGAACCUGGGUCCCGGCACAGACACGACUUCGGCAUCGCUGGCGCAUAUACUCUGGGCCUUGGCACACAAUCUGAGCUACCAGGACGAUCUCUUUGCCGACCUGGCCGCCGUGUCCUUUUCCACCGACAUGACGACCUUGGAGGCCACACCCAGGCUGCGGGCCUGCGUCAAGGAAGGCAUCCGGUGGACUGGUGCCGCCGCCGCCAUGCUUCCCCGUAUCGUACCGGAAGGCGGAGCUGAUCUAUUUGGCCACUUUCUCCCGGCAGGCACUGUAGUCAGCUCGUCACCAAUAUGGUAUCUCCACGAUUCGGUAGCCUUUCCAGACCCGAAAAAGUAUGACCCUUACCGCUGGCUCACAUCAGAUGGUCGCGAAAUCAAAAAUGACUUGUUACGCGACAAGUUUUACCUGCCUUUCUCCAAAGGUGCCAAUGUUUGCAUGGGCGCACAGUAA